AUAGAAACGCGGUUUUAGGUACAGCAAUGCGCGCAGGUAGCCUUUUAAAGGCCGGUCUCUCGACUGUAGCCUUGGCACAAGCCUUCCGUCCUCUUUCCCCCCCCGCCAACAGGAUACCGACCACCCACAUUCUCCUGCCAGCCUCCUCCCCCGGCCCUUGCACGUCGCCCCCGUCAGCGCCCGUCUUUACCCCGCCUCUAUUUGCGGCCGCGAGCGACUCAUCCGACUGGCCCAGCGACAGCAGCGACGACGAUUACACCGACCGCGGGGACGCGUCUUCCUCCGGACCUGACGUUGUCGACGCCACCGCUCGCGCCACCACCCGCAAGGAGCUCCAGCACGAUCUCCUCCUCCUCCUGGUUGGCCAGAAUAAAGGCUUCAGCGUCUCGGAAUCGGAGCGGGAGGACAUCGACGACACGCUGCGCGACCUGGAGGCCGUCAACCCCACGCCUCGGCCCACGGAGGCAUUCUCUCAGGGCACCUCCCCGCUCUCGGGGACCUGGCGCCUCGUCUACACCGACGCCUUGGACGUCCUCGUGCUCGGCCUCGUGCCCCUGGCCGUGAUCGGCAAGGUCUUCCAGAACAUCUCCCCAGACGGAAAAAGCAUUGCCAACGUGGUGGAGGUGAGCCAAGGGGCCAGCCAGCUCUCCUUCUUUCCUCUGCUGGGCAAGCUCGGCGACAGCACGGCCCGCCUCCGCGUUGAAGCGACGUCCGAGAUCCUGUCGCCGACCCGCUUGUCCUUGACCUUCCAGAGCGCGGGUUUCGAGCCCGUGACGCUAUUCGGGAUGGAGGUGGAGCAACAGCUGCGAGUGCCGAAGGUGGACUUCUGGAGAAGCCCAAAUGUGGGUUGGAUCGAGACGACCUACGUGGACGAGAAGAUCCGCAUCGGACGAUCCCCUGGUGGGCUGGGCGGCCAGGGCAGUGUCUUUGUCUUCGUUCGGGAGGGUGGAGCUGGGAUGUGGGGCGCCAUGGAGAGUACUCGCUAGCCUCUGUGACUGGCUAGGACCCUUGGGUAAGGCGGGUGCUGCCGAGCGGAGUUAGUGUACCCCAUUGUGACGGAGAGGAUAGUGAUUUGUAACAUGGAAGAAGCUGAAAGGCAUGAGAUAAGCUAUAAGAAGCAUUCGAACGAAAACGUGGGGAAAUCAAAAGAAAUAAACAUAGAGCGCGAUGAAG